UCCGGACUAUCUACGCAUGCAAAAAAGUUACUAACAUUGUAUUUUAGUUUUCUGAGAACGAAGCCGAUUUUUCAAAGAUCCUCUGAAAACCCGGUCUCUGGAAUUUUUUCAAAAGUUGCUUCUGCUUGUGGAAAGUUCUGCUCAAGUCUUGGCUAUUGAACAGCGAAAAUCGCAGGUCUCUAUCUCAUUCCUAUCAAAAGUUAUUCAAAAAGCAACCGAGUGCCAACCAUUUUGAAACGGAGAGUAGGUAAGUUUACAAAAUGAGUCACCCUUCUUUUCCAAUAGUUCAUUCGAGGGUCCAUGGUGGACACAUGUUCAUCUUCGAGAUGGAUUUAAUAUCAUUUUAUAAUUCAGCUUUUAACGCUGAAUAAGAAGAAAAUAGACUAAGGCCAUAUAUGUGUUCCUCAGGGAUUUUAUACAUUCUAGAAAGUCGAAUUUUCGAGAAUCCCGCAAAUUCGACAUUGAUUUUCCAGAUUCUUGGUAAACCACCGUCAAUUUCCAAUUCGAUUUCCUAGAAUCUAGAAAAUGCUCAGCAAAUUUCGAUUUAGAAAUUUCUCAGCGAUUUUAUAUGAAUUUUUGGUUAAAUCAGCAUUAUCUCCUUGGAUGAAAAUUUUUCCAUUUCAAACUGUAGAUUUUCUUUAUGAUAAAUGAAUAAAGUGAAACUCGGCAUAUUGUUGUUCUUCCUGUUGAAUUGUAAAAGUUAUCUCCAUUAAUUUUUAUUCACAAACAAAAAAAAUCAAAUUGAAAGCGCACACGACAUUAUCAUAGUGAUUAUAUUGAGUCAUAUAUAAAGUAAGUGUACAAAUAGAUCGAUGUGAAAUAAUCCAUCUGUCUUUCUAGAUUGUUAAAGUUAAAAUAAUGAUAGACAAUAAAAUACAUAAUAAUAAUUAUUGUCUCAAUGUAUUUUUUUCAUUCAUUUUGAUAAACGUUAUUUAAAUCAAUUUUUUGUACUCGAAAAAAACUCUUGAUAAAAGCCUAUUUUCUUGAACGAGCUCGAGUCCGAAAGUGUUAAAAAAUUAACUUAGUAUAAUUUCAUAUUAGUAAACAAAGUGUUUAUUGCAUACACAUUUUAUAAUUUUUGUAUUGUUUUUCAUUUAGAUAAAAUGAGUGGGAUCAGUAAAGAAAAGUAUUUAAAUCGGAUAAUUCCUCCUGAUGUAAAGGUGAAAGAUAUACCUCUAAUAAAAGCAACAAACGAAUCGUUAAAAGAUGUUGGUUUCUUGAUCACUUCUCCAGAUGAUGUCACUGUAGAAAAUGGCAAAUUUGAUAUAGUUCCCUGGCCUACAAAAGGAUGGAGAGCACUUGAUCCAGAAACGGGAAACGAAGGUGGAACAACUGAAGGAUCUAUGGAUAUUUAUUGGGAAGGUGAUCGAUUGUAUGCCAAAAAUCAUGCCAUUGCCACUGAUUCUAAUCAUUAUUUACUUGGAUAUGCAAACUUAUCAAAUAAUUCAAACAUAAGUAAAUCAUCAGAUAUUUCAUCUGUUCUUAUUUGGAGCUCUGAUUAUCAUCCUGAUGGUGGUCAAUUGUUCUUUCCCACCAAUAAUAAACCAUUCAUUUCCACUUUGGCUCCACCUAUCGGUGAUGAUAUUACACCUGAUCAUUUCACUGCAUUUUAUGUAAGUGAAGGUUACGGUUUAUACAUUUAUCCUGGUGUAUGGCAUAAUUCUGUUUAUGUACAUCCAUCUCACUGUCCAGUCUCUUUAUUUGGUCGUCAAGGUCGUAUCCAUGCUCGUAUAUCUGUUGACUGGGUGGAAGAAUUCAAUACUAUUUUACGUAUUCCUCUCACUUUUGAUCUAAAAGAAUAA